AUGGGCAAGAAGGCCAAAGCCAUCCUGAGCCGGGCGAAGGGCGGCCUGGGGAAGCGCACGCCGGGCGUCUUCAAGAUCGUCUUCCUGCGACACGGGGAGAGUGACUGGAAUGUGAAGAACAUCUUCACGGGCUGGGCGGACGUGGACCUCAGCGAGCGCGGCCGCUGCGAGGCUGUGGAAGCGGGGCGGAUGCUGCUGGACGAGGGCUUCCGCUUCGACAUCGUCUUUACGUCGGUGCUUCGCCGAGCAGUGCGCACGGCCUGGACGGCCCUUGCGGAGUCGGGGAACUUCGCCAUGCCCGUCAUCAACUCCUGGAGGCUGAAUGAGCGGCACUAUGGUGGCUUGCAGGGCUUGAACAAGGCAGAGACCGCGGCCAAGCAUGGCGAGAAGCAGGUGAAGAUCUGGCGGAGGAGCUACGACAUCCCGCCGCCGGCCAUCAGUGCCUCAGACCCGCGACAUCCCUCCAACGACCCGAUGUACCGCAACGUUCCCAAGACAGCCCUGCCGGGAGCGGAGUCCUUGGCGAUGACCGUGGACCGGGUGAUGCCUUUUUGGAACGACACCAUCGCGCCUUGCGUCAUGGCUGGGAAGAAUGUCCUCGUUGCAGCUCAUGGAAAUUCCUUGAGGGCGAUCUGCAAAUACUUGGAGGGGAUGAAAGAAACAGAUGUAAUGGACUUCAACAUUCCCACGGGUGUUCCGCUUGUCUACGAGUUGGACGCGAACCUGCGAGUCAUGCAAAAGUACUACCUCUUAGAUGAUGCUGCGGUGAAGGCCAAGAUCGAGGGAGUAGCGAAUCAGGGCAAGGCAAAGUGA